AUGAAGACCCUGUUCCUGAUCAUCAGCCUCAGCCUCUUUGCUGCCCUGCAGGCCCAGGACCCCCUGGCCUUGGGCGAAGAGACCCCGGAUGUGUCAGGGAAAUGGUAUCUGAAGGCCGUGACCACAGACCAGGAGAUUCCUGGAAAGAGGCCGGAGUUGGUGACCCCCAUGACCCUCACGGCCCUGGAGGGGGGAAACCUGGAAGUCAAAACGAGCAUACUGGUGAGCGGUCAGUGCCGGGAGAUGAAACUGGUCCUGGAGAAAACCGACAAGCCCGGCAAAUACACGGCCUACGGGCGCAAGUUCGUGGCGUACAUCCUGCCGUCCCACGUGAAGGACCACUACAUUCUCUACUGGGAAGGCGAGCUCCAGGGGAAGCAGAUCCGAGGGGCGAAGCUCGUGGGAAGAGACCCAGAGAACAACCAGGGGGCCUUGGAGGAUUUUAAGACGUUCACAAGAGACCGAGGAUUCAACCUGGAGAUCUUCACCCUCAAGCAAAGUGGCCAGAAGACCCUGGCUGGCUCCCUGGAGCGGCCCCCACUCCAUACCCGUGGGAACCGCACUGAGGCCUGUCUGGCCCCUGCCAUCCUCUGUCCCCUGAGGGUCCCCCUGGAACCUGCGAGGGAGGGGACCUCCAAGUUUGCCACCCUGGAGAUGAACCCCAAGAGAGCCCAGAAACGGCCGAAGGAGACGGGCAGCGACUUCUCCUAUGUCACCCUCUUCCUGUGCACCUGCCGAGCCUUCACUGCCACCCAGUAG